AUGCGCCCAGCAUCGACAGCCUCCAUCGGCACAGAGACGCCAAGUACAGCUCCCAUCAUGAAAGCAACGGUCAUCCAAGCUCCAGAAUGGCCCGAUCACAUGGUCAAGCCUCUCAUAUUCCUCGCCGGAACCACCACGCCAACGGCAGACGGCGACUGGCGUCAAAGACUCGUCAACCGUCUCUCUCAAUACCCCGUCACGUUCCUCGACCCGACAAACAAGAAUUGGGACUCAACCUGGACAGAAGACUUCUCCGACACCCGCUGGACAAGGCAAAUCAGAUGGGAGCUGGACCUCCAGGAGCAAGCCGACAUCGUCGUGGUCUUCUUUCAUGAGAGCACUCUGGCGCCAGUCAGCCUGCUGGAGUUGGGCAUGCAUGCCCGGUCGGGAAAGGCUAUAGCGUGCGCAAUGCCGGGCUAUGCGAAACGCGGAAACGUUCAGGCCGCCUGCGGCAUGUAUGAUGGUGAAUUUGUGACCAGCGAGGAGGAGUUGGCUCAGGCGGUUGAAAGCAGGUUGAGGGACCGGUUCAAGCUUGGCAAUAUUGAAGCCACUGCCGGGCUUAGGGGUGAUUGA